AAUGAAAAAUAAAUUAUUAAAAUGGUGUUAUCAUUGACGUAGCAAGGUGAUAAUAGUCAGAGUGCAAAUCGGUCUUAUUUUAUUUUUAUGUCGUUCUUUCGAUCAAGUCAAACAAAAUGUCCUCUUCUUUUUUGCAACUCGUCUUUUAAUUUACAUUCAUUCAAACUUGACGCGUAAUUUUCUUUUACUAAACUCAAUCUUCUAUUGGAGCUACCAAUAUAUAUUCAUUUUUAGUAAAUGAAUUUAAUCUGACUGCUUUUUGGGUAAUCCGAUUCCAGUAUAAAUACCACGCUUCGUAGUUUGGCCAUUCCAUUAGCCACCAGCCACCAGCCACCAGCCACCAGCCACCGGCCCAUUUCAACACACCUUAAAUCAUCCAUAAUUCCACACCAGAAAACAGAGUUAAAGCCAAAGUUUCUCGAUGGAGAAUUUGCUAGGGUUGUUGAGAAUUCAUGUUCAAAGAGGGGUGAAUCUUGCUGUGAGAGAUGUUUUGACCAGCGAUCCUUAUGUUGUUAUCAGAAUGGGAAAACAGAAAUUAAAGACUCGUGUGAUAAAGAAGAACGUGAAUCCAGAAUGGAAUGACGACUUAACUCUUUCAAUUGCAGACCUAAGUCUUCCAGUUAAGCUUACGGUAUAUGAUAGAGACACGUUCAGUUUAGACGAUAAAAUGGGGGAUGCAGAAUUCGAGAUCGGUCCAUUAGUAAAUGCUGUAAAGAUGCGUUUGGAAGGGCUUCCCAAUGGAACUAUAAUCACUAAAGUUCAGCCAAGCAGGGAAAACUGUCUGUCACAGGAGAGUUGCAUAAUUUGGAACAAUGGGAAAGUUGUUCAAGACAUGUUCUUGAGGCUUAGAAAUGUGGAGACUGGUGAAGUGGACCUUCAAUUGGAAUGGAUUCAUGUUCCUGGUUCAAGAGGACUUUGAUCUCUCUAAAUUAUGGGUGUUUCAUAUAUAUUUCAAAUAUGAGUAACAUAGGUUAGAUAAAUUAUUUUAAGCUGUCCCCCCCCCCCCCUCCCGGGCCUUUUCUUUUGGGUGCUAAUUAAGCAUAUAAGAUGCUUAUAUGGUAGUCUUUUGAGUGUCAUAAGCUGGCACCAUUGGACAGUUUCUUCAUUGUUCAUAUAUAUAUGACUUAUUAGUACCUUUUUUUUUUCUUCUGAAUUUAUUGUCUUGCUGGAUGCUUUCUUGAUGUCUCGUAGUAUAGUAUUGUUAAAAUUAUGGAAACUAUUAAAUAAAAAAAUUACUUAUUAGGACUCAUUUGGAAA